AUGAAACUCAUUCAGCCAGUCAAGCCCAUGAGCAAACAACGCGGCAACAUCAUCACCGCGAGGAUUGUUCCCCUCUUCUUGCUCGGACUGCUUGGAUACUCUUCCUAUGUUAUCACCAAACAUGUCUGCAUCGACUACCUGAUCAGGCCGCGUCUCUCCUUACCUACAUUACUGCACCCAGACAUUGGCGCCGCAAUCGCCAUUCUUACCAUCUACUACCUCCUACUAUUAAUGACCCUUACAUGCUUUGGACGCUUGAUCGAGACCAUCCUUACAAACCCCGGUCUCGUCCCGCGCGGUCCGCAAUAUUUUGUCGAGAAGGAAACGGCUCGCCAGAAAGAGAGCCACAGCCACAAUAAAGACGAGGGUUUUGAGUACGAUUCAACGACCCGAUACUCUCCACAGGAUCCUUCAAGGCCACAUUCAGACGAGUCUAUCAUCCGACCAGAAGAUUUCUGGCACAAGGAUGCUUUCGUCUGUGGCUGGGACGGUCGCCCCCCAUUCUGCUCCACAUGUUAUAAUUAUAAACCCGACAGAGCACAUCACUGCAGUGAACUCGGUCGCUGUGUGAUUAAGAUGGACCAUUUCUGCCCCUGGGUAGGCGGUAUCGUCUCAGAGACCUCCUUCAAGUACUUUAUCCAAUUCACCGGCUGGGCCGCGGUCCUAUGUCUCAGUUCAUUGAUCUACCUAGCCUACUACUUUGCGAAGAGGAGACGAGAGGAGGAUUUUGUCAAUGUCCACUGGAUUUUAGUCCUGAUAUUUGCUGCGUUGUUUGGCCUCUUCAACGCGGGGAUGUGCGGCUCUAGUCUUCAGUUUGCCUUGAUUAAUUCCACCACUAUUGAGAACUUCACGAGGAAGACAAAGGUGUGGUAUCUGGCCGUUCACAUGCCACGUGCCGUUCUCGACAGAUACAACGGUUCUGGACGGACUGAUUUGAGGCUGAUUAGCUAUCCUCGUCCUUCCGCCGAGCAAUUUGAACUUCUCCAAAGAAACGGUGCCAAACUCAACGACAGUCAGCAGAGUAUUGUCAGAGAUGGGUGGGAUUCGCAAUAUCUUACCGCUCCCACGGAUACUUACGAUCCUCAGUCAACAUCCACUUUCCCACCACACCCUACCGUUCCUAGGAAAACCCCACCUCCAUCACGAGGCAAUGCUUCAGUCUCUCCACCACAAUCAGCUCCCCAUACACUUACGCAAAACGAACUCCGUACCUUUGCCAUCCUGGAAACCGACCCGGGGGCUAAUCCGUUCGACCUUGGCUCCUUUGGCAAUUUCAAACAGGUCAUGGGAAACAAUCUUUUUGAUUGGCUGAUACCACUUCGUCCCUCCCCACUCACCGAUCACACGGAUCCCACCAGCUUCUACAAGCUUGGAUCUGUGCUGGAUAGAUUGAAGCGGGAUGCCGGCAUUGCGAGGGUCGAUGUCGAUCAUAAUGAAAAGCGGAGCGAGAGACAUAGGCGGCAUCGUAGGAAGAGUCGAAGGACAUCGACCGGCAGUCGACACCGAAGGGAUGCUGAUCAUUAA